UCACAAGCUAGACGGCAAGGUCAAGAGAACCAGCCAGUAAGAUGUGGAAGAGACUUGACCAUCAGCCUAAGAUUAAAGCAGGGGAUGGACCUCAGGCAGGCCAGUUCAAAGAACUGAGCUCAGCUCGGGGACCUGUCAUGCCACACCCUCUUGAACUGGCAGAAUUCCAGAGCUUCCAGGUGUUAGAGGACAUCAGUCAUCACAUCAAAGAAGUGGGGGGCCAACUGGUGAAGAAAGUCAAUGCUGUCUUUCAGAUGGACAUCACCAAAGAUGGGAAGACCAUUCUGCAGUGGACUAUUGACCUGAAGAAUGGGUCUGGGGACAUGUAUCCAGGAUCUGCCAGGCUUACUGCAGACACCAUCUUCACAAUUCCAGAGCCUGUUUUUAUGGAGUUGGUUUUGGGUAAAAUGAACCCUCAGAAGGCUUUCCUAGCUGGCAAAUUUAAAGUGAGUGGCAAAGUUUUGCUUGGCCAGAAACUGGAGAGAGUUUUCAAAGACUGGGUUAAAUUUUAAGCAUGAAAUUCCAAGGAAAUAGUCAAAAUGCCUCUCCAAGUAUAAUGUUGGGCGGUAAUCAUGCUUAAACUGAAGAUUAAAGCAAAAAAUACCUAA